CCAGACCAGACCAACCACUCUCAUACCAUACCAAUUUCCUGUUUACCCUCUUCACUGUCUGUUAACAAUGGCUGAAACUGCUGCUUCUGCCCUCUUCAGUGUCAUUUUUGAGAAGCUAACCGAUGAAGCCUUCAAGAAAUUUGCUCGCUCUCAGAAAAUUGAUUCUGAGCUCAAUAAACUGCAGAGCACACUCUCCCAUAUCCAAGAUCUGCUUACUGAUGCUUCUGAGAAAGAAAUAACUAAAAAAGCUGUUAAACAAUGGCUCAACCGUCUCCAACAUUUGGCUUACGACAUCGAUGACUUUCUGGACGAUGUGGCUACCGAAGCUAUGCGUCGUGAGCUGUCACAGGAAUCGGGAGCAAUCACCAGCAAGGUAAGAGACCUCAUCGUCCCAACUUGCUGCACAAAAUUCUCACUAAGUCAACGUCUGCAUCACAAGUUAGAUAGCAUCAACACCAAGUUACAACAUCUAGAAAAACAAAAAGCUGAUCUUGGUUUGAUUGUGAAAGAUGAAAAACAAAAAGUUAGAAGAAACGAAACAUCUUUGCUAGAAUCUGAUGUUGUUGGGCGAGAAGGUGAGAGAGAGAAGUUGAUCAACAAGUUGUUGCUGGAUGAGCCGUCUAAACAAAACUUCAUUAUCGUACCCAUCGUUGGUAUGGGUGGGGUGGGGAAGACCACUCUGGCUAGAAUAUUGUACAACGAUACGCGAGUGAAGGAUCACUUUGAACUCAUGGCAUGGGUUUGCGUGUCCGAUGAGUUUGAUAUAUUUAAAAUAAGUGAAACCAUCUAUCAAUCAGUGGCUACAGAUGACAAGCAGUUUAAAGACAUAAAUCUGCUUCAAACUGCUCUGAGAGAGCAACUUGAGGACAAAAGAUUUCUUCUAGUACUUGAUGAUGUUUGGAAUGAAAACUAUGACGACUGGGAAAACCUAGUGCGUCCAUUUCAUUCUGGGGCUACUGGAAGUAGGGUAAUCAUGACAACUCGCAAGCAUCAACUGCUUAAAAAGAUAGGUUUUAAUCAUUUAGACCAUCUUGAGAAUUUGUCGCAUGAAGAUGCUUUGUCUUUAUUAGCUCUACAUGCAUUAGAUGUAGAUAACUUUGAUUCGCAUGAAACACUUAAACCACAAGCUGAAGGUAUUGUGAAAAAGUGUGGUGGUUUGCCUUUAGCUUUAAAGGCAAUUGGAAGGUUACUGAGAACCAAAACCGAGGUAGAAGAAUGGGAUGACGUGUUGAAAAGUAAGAUAUGGGAUUUAGAAAAUGCUGAUGCAAUUGUUCCAGCCCUAAGGCUAAGCUACAAUGAUCUUUCUGCUGAUUUGAAGCGCUUGUUUGCAUACUGCUCUUUGUUCCCGAAGGACUUUUUGUUUGACAAGGAGGAGUUGAUAUUAUUAUGGAUAGCUGAAGGGUAUCUGAACGAGUCAACUGCAAACAAGUCACCAGAACGGUUGGGCCAUGAAUAUUUUGAUAAAUUGCUAUCAAGGUCCUUUUUUCAACGCGCACCUAAUGGCAAAUCUUUUUUUGUGAUGCAUGAUCUCAUGAACGACCUGGCCACAUUUGUUGCUGGAGAAUAUUUUGUAAGGUUUGAUAAUCAGAUGGAGAUGACGAAGGAAGCUUUAGCCAAGUACCGACAUAUGUCAUUUAUUCGUGAGGAGUACGUAGCUUUCCAAAAGUUCGGGGCAUUUGAAAAGGCCAGAAGUUUGAGAACAUUGUUACCGGUAUAUGUUGGGGUAGAUCAACGCUGGAAGGAUUUUUACUUAUCCAGCAAGAUUUUGGUUGACUUGCUUCCUCAGCUACCAUUGUUAAGGGUUCUUUCUUUGAGGCGUUUUAAGAUAUGUGAGGUACCAAAUUCCAUUGGUACUUUGAAGCACCUGCGGUAUCUUAAUCUAUCUGAUACAAAUAUAAAAGAGUUGCCUGAGAAUGUUGGCAGUCUUUAUAAUUUACAGACAUUGAUAGUUUCUGGAUGUGAAAGUCUGACCAAUUUGCCUAAAAGCUUCUUUAAACUCAAAAGGCUGAGGCAUUUUGACAUCAGAAAUACUCCACUUUUGAAGAAGUUGCCUUUGGGAAUUGGUGAGUUGAAAAGCCUACAGACUCUCACUAGGAUCAUCAUCGGAGGAAACAGUGGCUUUGCAAUAACCGAGCUUAAGGGAUUAAAGGAUCUGCACGGGGAAAUUUCCAUCGAGGGUUUGAACAAAGUGCAAAGCUCAAUACAUGCACGUGAAGCAAACUUAUAUUUAAAAGAGAUUAGCAAGUUAGAGUUGAAAUGGGAUGAUGGUUCUGGAAGUGAAACACUUGAGACAGAGGUUCUCAAUGAGCUAAAGCCCUGUAGUGAUAAGUUGAAAUCGCUUAAGAUUAAAUCUUAUAAGGGAAUAGAGUUUCCAAAUUGGAUUGGGGAUCCUUCUUUUAAUCGGUUGGUUCACGUGUCGCUGCGGGGUUGUAGAAAAUGUACAUCUCUGCCGCCCCUUGGGCGACUACCUUCACUUAAAAUUCUAAGGCUUGAAAAUAUGUCGAGUUGGGAGGUAUGGUCAACCAAUAGCGAGGCAAUGUUUCCAUGCCUUCGAGAGCUUCAAAUAAUAAACUGUCCCAAUUUGAUUGAUGUCUCAGUUGAAGCAUUACCUUCACUAAGAGUAUUAACAAUAUAUAAAUGUUGUGAAAGCGUGCUGAGAAGUCUGGUGCGAGCAGCUUCAUCAACCACUAAGUUGAAAAUAACGUCAAUUUUUGGGCUUACGGAUGAGGUGUGGAGAGGUCUUAUAGAGAAUUUAGGGGCAGUUGAAGAGCUACGCAUACAAUGUUGUGGUGAAAUUAGAUACAUGUGGGAAUCAGAAGAAGAGGCAAGUAAAGUUCUUGUAAACUUAAAGAAACUGAAGGUAUUUGGGUGUAAAAAUUUGGCGAGUUUAAGUGAAAAAGAAGAGGAGGAGAAUAACAAUGGGGGCAACCUCCUAUCAUCUCUUAGGAUUUUGGAUGUACAAGCCUGUGAGAGUAUGGAGCGUUUGUGUUGUCCAAAUAGCAUUGAGAGUUUAACUAUCACUUGCUCUGACUCACUUACACAUGUCUCCUUACCAAGAGCAACAACAACAGGUGGAGGAGGGCAGAAUCUCAAGUCACUUGCUAUAGAUAUAAAUGGUUGUGAAAAUCUAAAAUCAAUAAAUCAAUUGAGCAACUCCACUCACCUCACCUCUUUGUCAAUAAGUGAAUGUAGAAACAUGGAGUUAUUUUCUGAUCUUCAUCAGCUAUCAAAUCUCACCAGGUUGUACAUACGAGGUUGUAAAAGCAUAGAGUCAUUUUCUGACCUUGAGCUAUCAAACCUCACCAGGUUGAGAAUAGAACGUUGUGAAAGCAUAGAGUCAUUUCCUAACCUCCAUCUGCCAAAUCUCACAGAACUGAACAUAAGAAGUUGCAAAAACAUGAAGGCAUUUGGUGACCUGCAGGUGCCAAAUCUGAUCAGUUGGAGCACAACAGAUUGUGAAAAUCUGGAGUCAUUUCCUGACCUUCAGCUAUCCAAUCUCACCAUGUUAAAACAUAUGUGUAUCAUAAAUUGUCCAAUGCUUGAUGCUUCCUUUCCUCGUGGGCUUUGGCCUCCCAAUUUGGUUAGGCUUACAACAGGGGGGUUGAAAAAGCCCAUCUCAGAAUGGGGCUAUCAGAAUUUCCCUGCUUCGCUUGUCGACCUAAGAUUAUUUGAUGAACCCAAUGUGAGGAAUUUUAGUCAAUUGUCCCCCCUUCUCCCUUCUUCUCUUACAUCUCUGGACAUAACUGGAUUUGAUAAUCUGGAAUCACUUUCAACGGGACCCCAACACCUCACAUCCCUUCAACAUCUCAGGAUUACCAAUUGCCCAAAGUUGAACGAUCUACUAGAGACGCUGUUACCUUCACUUUUGACUUUGGGUAUAAGUAAUUGCCCAAAAUUGAAAGAAAGAUGUGAAGGAAGAGGCUCCCACUACUGGGCCCGAAUCUCUCAUAUCCCCUGCAUCUACAUAACAGACUAGAAAAGAUUUCUAAAGCCAUCACAGCCGAUGGCUUAAUCAAGGCAGUUAGUUUUUUUGGUGACCCGUAUGCGAACCUCUGGCUCCCACCCUCAG